AUGGAGCUCGAAGCGAGACCUGAAAGUCCCAGUCCGACAGACGAAUCUCAUACACUGCGAAACUUGGGGGACGAAAACAUACCAGGUCAGACAACAAAGCAGCUUACAGAGGGACAACAUCGGGACGUCGAAGGAUCGCUCGCGGUGAGCGGAGAUAACUCUAUAGAGACCCGGGCAAGGAGAGCGUAUCGCUGGAAGAUCAUCGGUGGUCUGUUCUUUCCUUAUACCAUCCAAGCGUUGGACACCACCAUCGUUGCGGGCGCCUUGCCGUUCAUCGCAUCAGAUUUCAAUGAACUCGCUCAGCUCGAUUGGAUCGUCCUCGCCUUCAAUUUGACGUCGGCGACCUUCAUACCUGCCUGGGGCCAAAUCGCCGACGUCUAUGGACGCUAUGCUUCAGUCCAAGCUUCCAUCAUCCUCAUGUUACUUGGAAGUGCAUUAUGCGCAGGAUCACCGACCUCUGCAUUCCCCAUGCUCCUAUUUGGUCGUGCGAUCCUUGGCAUGGGCUGUGCAGGGAUGAACAUUUCCACGAGGACCAUCUUGGCGGACAAAGUGUCCCUAAAAGAAAAUGCCAGGAACACUACAAUCUUUCAGAUGGUCGGUGGAUUAGGGUACGGUCUGGGUCCAACCAUUGGCGGAUACUUGACUCAGGUCUCCUGGCGAUGGGUCUUCAUCAUCAACUGUCCUCUGGGAGUCAUCGGCCUGUUCACUGUCCAUUUCUUGCUCCGGGAUGAAUUGGUCGGUCCUAAACGAAUUAUCAGGAGUGAUGGAAUUGAAGAUGAUCGAUCCCCGACCUUCUUUAGAAGGCUCUUGACCAUCGACCUCGGUGGACAGUUCCUGUUCCUCUUUGGACUGGGAUUGCUCCUGUUGGCGCUGAGCUGGGGAGGAUCUUACUAUAGCUGGGCCGACGUCAAGGUCCUCGCUCCUCUUGUCAUUGGCCUCAUCCUCCUUACCUGCUUUCUCACUUACGAGUAUUUCAUGGUUCCUGGACGUUCCCUGGCCAACAAGCUACCUCGUCAACGGGCCAUGAUCCCGUUCAAGAUUUUGGCGACAAGAAACGCGAGCAUCCUGCUGUACAUUAACUUCAUUACUGGCAUGGCAAUGUAUGCGACAAUGUAUUUUGCCGUCCUCUUUUUCACACUCGUGCUCAAUUUUGAGCCUGGACAAGCGGGUCUCGGCGUGAUCUACUACAUUCCAGGUCUAGCAAUCGGAGUGUACAUGGCCAUGUUCAUUCUCAACGUAUGGCCACGAGAGACCUUUGUCUCGUUGUCCAUAGGCACCUUGAUCGAGCCUAUCGGGAUGACCCUUCUUGCCCAUGCUCUGUCGACCGAGAUACCAGCGUACAUCUACUGUAUGAUCGGUCUCACGGGUAUCGGCACUGGCAUUCGAUUGAUGCCGGGGAGCCUGCACGCUGUCGGCUACUACAGGAGUCACAUUGCCACUAUGAUGUCCUCCAUCAUGCUCGCUAGCUCCAUGGGAGGUGCGCUGGGACUGUCGAUCAUGGACAACAUUUUCAAUUCGCGAGUCUCGAAAGCGGGAUUCGACCUUGACAGCUCAAACUUUGGAAAUCUAGGGUCCAUCGGGUCACUCGAUCCGGCCACUGCAGAGACGCUCAAGGACACCGCGAAGCGUGGCAUCAUCGUCGCCUACUAUGCCAUUACGGCGUUCAUGUGGCUUGGAUUGGUGCUCAUGCUAGGUAUCGGUAAUCUCAAAAUUGGAAAGAAAGCCAAGAAAGGCAGUGGUAAGGAGGACAUCCCAGACAGGAUUUGGGAAGGGAGCUAUAUCAUCGGAAAGGUCACAAGGAGGAAUAGGUGGAGAGAAGCAGAGACCGAGGCGAUUGAUCCACAUUACGCGAAGAGUCGCUUUGAGGGUCAGGAGCCUUCAGGUGCGCAGAUAGAGCCAUGA